GCAGAUUGCAGUGGGACUGUUAUCAGUUGUGUCAGACCCGUCAUAUGCAUCAGCGGGCCUCCAAGACUCUAGUGUGCCAUGAACUGACACCGGUGCCACACGGCUUGGUUAGUCUUGGUCUGCCUUGAAUCGGAUCGGAUUACCCAAUGCCAACUGCCAGUUCCUAUCUCCGCGUCCCACACGUUCCCCUUUUGCCCCGGCUGCGGGAUUUUCAAUACAUAUAUUAUACCUCCCACCUACUGUGGAAUGUUGCUGUUUCAUGUUGCAUACGCGUCUGCGUUCCACAUUGACAAUGCGCCACGUUUUCCCCUGGUUCGUGGCCGGUUUGGCUGCCACCGUUUCAGCUACUGCCCCGAGUUGCAGUGCUGAUAGCAAGUGUCCAGAGGAAUACCCUUGUUGUUACAGUGGACAAUGUGGUGUAGGAACUUAUUGCCUGGGUGGCUGCAACCCGUUGGAGUCGUUUUCGUUGGACAGCUGCGCGCCCGAACCGAUUUGCAAGAACCAGACCUAUUCGUUUACCAGUUUGGAUAAUGCUGUUCUGUACGACCACUAUCUGGGAAAUGCGACCGAAUAUGACUGGGUAUAUAGCGGAUAUCCCAAGAUCCAGAACGAUAGUCUGUGGUUGACGAUGCCUAACGGGACCACCGGUAGUCUAUACUCCCUCAACCACUACGUCUGGUACGGCAAGGUGUCGGCUACGAUCAAGAGCAGUCGGACUCGGGGUGUGAUCACUGGUUUUAUUCUGCUGUCGGAUGAUUUGGAUGAGAUUGAUUACGAAUGGGUGGGAUACAAUCUGUCGAGUGUGCAGACCGACUUUUACUUCCAGGGUGUUCAAAACUAUACCAACGAACGCAACGCGGCCGUCACUCCUAACAACACCUUUGAGGAUUGGCACACCUAUACCAUCGACUGGAAGCCCGAUGUUCUGGAAUGGAUUGUUGAUGGUACUGUGAUGCGCACUUUGACCAAGAACUCCACCUACAACGCCACCUCUGGUGUCUACAUGUACCCCCAGACGCCUUCUCGGUUGGAAAUGUCCAUCUGGCCGGGUGGCUCCGAGGCAGAGGGUACCGGUACGAUUGAAUGGGCUGGCGGUCUGAUUGACUGGGACAGUACCGAUAUCCAGGAAUACGGCUACUUCUAUGCCCAGUACAAGGACAUUACCAUCGAGUGCUACGACUACCCAUCUGGCACUAUCGUCAAGGGCGACAAGUCUUACGUGUAUACCAGUGACAGUGGAAUGUCGAGCACGAUUGAAGUGUCGGGUAAUGAUACCGUGCUGUACAAUCUGCAGGAUACGGGAUUGAACAUGACGGCGGGUUCCAAGACUACGUCGAGUGAAUUGGGGUCGAGUUCGGGGUCUAGUUCCAGCUCCAGCUCUGGUUCUGGCUCUAGCUCCGGCUCUAGUUCUGGAUCUAACUCCGGCACCGGUAGUAAGAAGGAGAGUGCUGGUUCUCGGGUUGCGGGAUCGAUGAGUGUGGUGUUGGGAGUGGUUGCUGCAUUCACCUUGUUGUGAUUAAUGCUUGUAUAAUAUGGAUGUUUGUAGUAUAUUCUUCAGCGGUGGAUACAUGUUUUAAUGAAUACCCUUUGCCUU